UGGCUUUCCCUCCUCCCAUUUCCAGAUGGCUUCUGCGACAGACGCUCGCUACGGCCAGAAAGAGUCCUCUGACCAGAACUUCGACUAUAUGUUUAAAAUCCUAAUCAUUGGCAACAGCAGCGUGGGCAAGACAUCCUUCCUCUUCCGCUAUGCCGACGACUCGUUCACACCAGCCUUUGUCAGUACCGUCGGCAUCGACUUCAAAGUGAAGACCAUCUACCGCAACGACAAGCGCAUUAAGCUGCAGAUCUGGGAUACGGCGGGUCAAGAACGGUACCGGACCAUCACCACUGCCUAUUACCGGGGUGCCAUGGGCUUCAUUCUGAUGUAUGACAUCACCAAUGAAGAGUCAUUCAAUGCUGUCCAGGAUUGGUGAGUUCCGUUGGGCUGCGGCG